UUGGGUUUGUUGUAGUUUUUAUACCAAUGCGUAAUUCACUUAUUUCUAUGGAAUAAUCAUUUACGAUUUAAUCGCAUUUAAUACAAAGCUAGGAAGUGAAGGUAUUUUACAAGUUUUUGUUUAAAUCGAUGGCGAAAGGUACGGCGACUGGCGAAUUUGUGGUUCGUACUGGGUGUAAAAGAGAGUUGCAAUUUGUUUUGAAAUCUCAGUCUGAGAUCUGUGGUGGUGAGUCAUUAGGUCGGACUCGGGGAAGCAGAAACUUGAAUGGUGAGUCUAGAAGUGUGGAGGUUAAGAAAUCGAUUCGUGGGUCUGGUUUGAAAAGUGGGAUUAAGAAGAUGCGUUUUAGUAAAGAUGAGGAAGUUGUAAUGUCUGAUACUGUUGGUGAUGGUUUGGAAGAAGAAGAAGGUAAGAGUGAUGUUGUUGAUGUUGAAGAGACAAAGGGUUUUGUUAAGGACGAGGGACAAGAAGAGAAUGUGGAGAUUGGGAAUGGGGAUGGUAAUGUGGUGAUGAAUGAGCAACCUGAGAAGGGUUCACCGGAAGUUACGGAGGCUGAGAAGGUAUGUUCGAUUGGGGGAGAUAGUGUGAUUGACAGAGAGAUAGUUGUUGCAUGUCCUGCAGGUCUUAGUGUGUUGGAGAAAAUGGCUUCUAGGUCUUGUAAGGUUAAGUUGGAAAGAGGUUUGGUUUAUGCGAAACCCUGUAAAAGGUUGACAAGGUCGAUGUUGAAGGUUGAGGGUAUUAAGUCUGAGGUUAAUGUUGAUGAAGAUCAUGUAAAUCCAGAAAAGGAUGCUGUAGAUAGUGAAGAUAAUUGUGUUGGUGUUUCUAGUUCAGUGGCAUGUGAGAUGGAGGAGGAGCUUCAUGAGCAAAAUAAUGUGGAGAUAUGCCUCGGGCUUCCAAGUAGAUCAUCCCAGAUGAGUGGUCAUUCUCUAUGCCUUGGGCUUCCAAGUAAAUCAUUCCAGAUGAGUGGUCUUUCUCAACGUGUUGAUAAGAAGGCAGUGAAUGAUACAGUAGCUAAGCCGUUGAGGAGGUUUACUAGGUCAUUGGUCAAACAAGAAAGUGAUUCAGACAAUCCUAAUUUGGGAAAUAAUACUGAACCAGCAGACUUGGGCGAGGUAGAUAUGCAUGCCAAUGAUGUUGAAAUGGAUGAUUUUCAAAGUCCUUCAGUUACUACUCACAGCAGGCGUGGUAGGCCCAAGAAAUUUCUAAGGAAUUUCCCAGCAAAGCUGAAAGAAAUUUUUAAUUGUGGAAUACUUGAGGGACUAACUGUGUACUAUCUUCGAGGAGCGAAGGUGAGAGAGGCGGGGACUAGAGGGCUUAAAGGAGUGAUAAAGGGAUCAGGCGUUUUGUGCUUUUGUUGUGCCUGCAAAGGAAUACAAGUGGUGAGCACUGCCAUGUACGAGGUGCAUGCUUCUAGCGCAAACAAGCGGCCUCCUGAAUAUAUCUUACUGGAGUCUGGAUUCACACUUCGUGAUGUCAUGAAUGCAUGCAAGGAAACUCCCUUAGCUACACUAGAAGAAAAACUUCGUGUGGUAGUUGGAACAAAUUUAAAGAAAUCUAGCCUGUGUUUGAAUUGCCAAGGUCCAAUGAUUGAACAUUGUGAUACAAAAUCAUUAGUUGUGUGCAAAUCGUGUUUGGAGAGUAAGGAGCCAGAAUUCCAUAACAGUCCUUCUAAAGGAAAUGGUGCUCUUAACAGUUCGUCUAGGCCAAGUGUGGAUCCAAAAUCUAUCCUUAGUAGGUCAAAAUCCAGUCCUCGCCAAAGUAACAGGCGAGAACAACCAACCAGAAAGUCCACUGAGCCAGGUGUGGUUCCAGGAACUAUUCUGAGCGAGUCAAAAUCCAGCUCAAUCAAAAGCAACAGCCAAGGGAAACUAACCAGAAAGGAUGUGCGGCUGCAUAAACUUGUUUUUGAGGAUGAUAUACUGCCAGAUGGGACUGAAGUGGGUUAUUUUGUUGCUGGAGAGAAAAUGCUUGUCGGCUAUAAGAAGGGAUUUGGGAUACAUUGUUCUUGUUGCAACAAAGUGGUCAGUCCUUCUUCGUUUGAGGCCCAUGCUGGCUGUGCAAGUCGUCGGAAGCCGUUUCAGCACAUUUAUACAACCAAUGGGGUUUCUCUUCAUGAGCUAUCAGUAGCACUAUCAAUGGACCAGAGGUUUUCCAUCCAUGAAAAUGAUGACCUUUGCAGUAUCUGUAGGGAUGGGGGUGAGCUCUUGUGUUGUGAUACCUGUCCAAGAUCAUAUCAUAAAGUAUGUGCUUCUCUAUCAAGCCUUCCGAGUGAGAGGUGGUCCUGCAAAUAUUGUGUAAAUAUGGUUGAGAGAGAGAAGUUCGUGGAUAGCAAUCUCAACGCCAUUGCAGCUGGGAGAGUUCAGGGAGUUGAUGCAAUUGCUGAGAUAACCAAUAGAUGUAUUCGAGUUGUCAGCUCCUUUGGGACCGAGCUCCCAAGUGUAUGCGUGUUAUGCAGAGGUCAUAGUUUUUGCAGGUUGGGCUUUAAUUCUCGCACUGUGAUUAUCUGUGAUCAGUGUGAAAAGGAAUUCCAUGUUGGCUGUUUGAAAGAACAUAACAUUGCUGAUCUCAAGGAGCUACCUGAAGAAAAAUGGUUCUGUUCCGACGACUGUGAAAAGAUCAACACUACAUUGGGCAAUCUGAUAGUUCGCGGAGAAGAGAAGCUUAGUAACAACAUUCUGAAUUUAAUAAGGAAGAAGGAAAAACCUGAUGAAGAAAGCUGUCCAGAUGACAACACCACUCCCGACAUAAGAUGGAGGGUCCUUAGUGGGAAGUUGACCUCUUCGGAUGAAACAAAAAUAUUGCUUGCAAAGGCAGUUUCCAUUCUUCAUGAGCGGUUUGAUCCUAUCAGUGAAACUGGGACCAGGGGAGAUUUGAUACCUGCCAUGGUGUACGGAAGGCAAGCAAAGGGCCAAGAUUUUAGUGGCAUGUACUGCACCAUGUUGGCUGUGGAUGAAGUGAUCGUUUCAGUGGGAAUCUUUAGGGUUUUCGGGUCCGAACUUGCAGAACUCCCUCUGGUUGCUACCAGCAAAGAUUGUCAAGGGCAGGGUUACUUCCAAUGCCUGUUUGCUUGCAUCGAGAGGCUACUUGGGUUCCUAAACGUAAAACAUAUCGUGCUGCCAGCAGCAGAUGAAGCCAAAUCCAUAUGGACUGACAAAUUUGGUUUCACCAAGAUGACCGACGAGGAGGUGAAAGAAUACAGAAAAGACUACUCAGUGAUGAUCUUUCAUGGAACAUCUAUGUUGAGAAAGAGCGUGCCUGCACCGAGUGCCCCAAGUAAAACCGAGGGCAGUAAGGAGGAGUAAGCUCAAGGUUGUCUUUAUUUUUUGGUUUAGAUUACUGAUGGAUUACUCUCUUUUUUUUUGUAAGUUUGACAGACGUUUUCUGGGUGAUAUAAGAAGAUGGGUCAGAUCCAGUACUCAGACAAAUAUUUCGAUGAUACUUUUGAAUACAGGCACGUCGUACUUCCUCCGGAAGUUGCUAAGCUUUUACCGAAGAAUCGCAUUCUCUCCGAAAGUGAAUGGAGAGCUAUAGGAGUGCAACAAAGCCGUGGAUGGGUU